GAAUGUCAGAAGCAAUGAAGCCUUAAACCCGCAUCAUAACAGCCCAGUAGACUUAAAUUCAGCUCGGUUAGUCUAAGGAAACGUAAGUCAAUAUUUUAGAAGCCUUACAUGUAGGUAUUAAAUGAAUACAUGUAUAUCUCUCUAUCGGUGGAUUGCUUAUGGAGGGUCGAUACCCAGAGUUAGAUCGGAGAGCGCGGCGCACUCGGUUUGAAUAUUCUAGUUACCCGAGAUCUUUGGAUGGCAGAAGUGGGAGCAUGCCAUUAUCUAAAGAUUAGACUGUCGUCUUGUUUAAAGAUCUUAUCAUCAUCAAAACAUUUAAAUUCACAACAGACGUAAGCAGGAAAAUGGAGUUGGAAAUCACUUGAAUUUUAGUUUUCUACUAGAAAAUGUCUUCUUCAUCUAGUUCAAGUAGUUCAGGAAUUUUUCAAACAGAAAACCGUGCAGCGUCCCAGAUCUCCCGUCUGAAGCAGGAAUAUGAUCGACGACUUUUACAUUAUGAAAAAGAGUUCGAUGUUUCUUUGUCUAGAAUGAUAAAUCGCGAAAGAGGCCUAAAGGAGUCUAUGUUAGCUUAUACAGAGCGCAUGCGUAAGAUGACCAACACCAAAAAUAGUGUUGAAGGGAUGUUAUCCAAUGAUUCACCCUUAUACGUAAGAGCGAAACAUAUUCCAAAGAUACCUUUAACCAAAAACAAGGAUAGAAGACCAGCAUCAUUUGAUGAACUCAUAGGCAAGAAUGCCAAGUCAAAGUCAAACAAACCUCGGAGAGACAAGCCAAAAUCAGCCUCAAGACUAUCCCUGCCUUCUCUACCAGAACGGUAUAACAAAAACUCCCAUCAAGUGAAAAUCAGUUUUGUGAGUGCUUCAGAUUUAUAUGAUAUAGUGGAUUUUAGUAUAAGAAAUAAGGGAAAUAAGGAGGAUACAUUGAGAUACAUAGAAAUGGAUAAUAUUCAUAAUCACACGCCCUCCCCUACCGGUCGGCCGCUACCUGGUGCAGGGAAUAGAAAGUCUUCUAGGAACCUUAGUAAAAGUGCCAACAAUGAAUCGCCAACUCCUAAAAUCCCUAAAGACUUUAGUACUUUGCCAACACUACCACCGAUAGAAAGUUCAGAUAAAGAACAAGACUCUGAAAAUUCAGACACUGAUAGUGAUAGUUUAGACUUAAAUAAAGCGAAUGUGGAGGCUUUCAAAAGAAGACCGAAUCGCGCCAAACGUAUGCAGAUAAACAAACCAGAUCUCGCAGAUAUUCCUGAAAAUGACGUGGCGUCUCAAAAGAGAUCGGCAAAGAGUGAACGAACACUGCCUUCCCCACCCCCCAAACAGUCGCCAAGAAAUGUCAUCAACCUGCAAUCCCAGCUCGUGGCCAUUCCGGAACACCAAACUCCGAGUGAUGAGCUGUUGAUAUUUGACAAGAAAAAGGUGGGGAAGUUACCCCGUCGUGAACAAGGACAGAAUGUUACUCCUAUGGUGCGACUGGAGCCAUUUAAAAAUGUCUUAAAAGAACCAGAAGAUAAUACGGACCAGCACUUAAAAAUGAAAUUGAAAGCCCAAAAACGAUUUAAAAAGUUGAUUUUUCUGCGAGAUGUUCCGGAUAGACAUCAUCGAUUGUAAAAGCUUGUUGAACAGUUUAAACUUCCCAUUACCUCAUUCUGUUAAAUCAUUAAAUCGUCUAAUGUUGUUC